CCCCAUCAGCAUUGCCCCCCUCUGACUUUGACGGGACUCUGCGUGACGCGGCUGAAACAAGGGGGCAACACUUGAGCUCCCAGGCGCAGCGGUGCGGGACAGUUCAGAAGAGCAGAGAGGAGAGGAGCAGUGCGGGGAGAGAGAGAGACGGAGCUCACCCGUCAACCAGCUGGAGGAACCCACACUUACAAACCCCCUUAUGGCUGCUUGAGACGUACCGAUACACCCCCCCUCCCCCUUUUUUCUCUCUUUCUCUGGGACUUCUUUGGACUUCUACUUUUUUUUUUUCCUCGUCCUGACCAGAAGUUAUAGCAAGUCUAAUUAAGUUGCUCUUAGUUGAGAAGUGAAUCCACUUGCCGUGGACGGCGCAAGGCGGUCAUGGAUACCCAUAUAAGAUGGAAAGAUAAACGGAGAAUAAGGGACGCCCAGAUCACUUUAGCGGCGAUUCUGCUUUUUGUCACGUCGCGUGCAAGUUCAGCGGAACCAGCAGACCUCUUGAAGAUUUUAGAUUUUCACAAUUUACCUGAGGGUGUUACAAAAACAACGGGUUUCUGCUCACAUCGGAGGUCGACACAAGGACCCGAUGUGGCGUACAAAGUAUCCAAAGAUGCCCAGCUCAGUGCCCCCACCAAACAGCUUUACCCAGGUGAUGCCUUCCCUGAGGAUUUCUCCAUCUUGGCCACAGUAAAACCCAAGAAGGGCAGCCAGUCCUUCCUGCUGUCCAUGUACAAUGAGCAGGGCAUCCAGCAGCUCGGACUGGAAGUGGGCCGAUCCCCCGUAUUCCUCUACGAGGACCAAACAGGCAAACCCAGCCCAGAGGACUACCCGCUCUUCAGAGGAGUCAACCUGGCUGACGGAAAGUGGCAUCGAGUGGCAAUCAGCGUGCACCAACAGACCAUCACCCUCAUUCUGGACUGUAAAAAGAAGAUCAACCAGAAGCUGCUUCGAAGCCCCAACCCCAUCAUUGAUACCAAAGGAAUUAUAGUGUUUGGAACUAGAAUACUUGAUGAAGAAGUCUUCGAGGGAGACAUCCAGCAGCUAAUGAUUGUAGCAGACCACCGGGCUGCCUAUGACUACUGUGAGCACUACAGCCCCGAUUGUGAAGUGCCAGUGCCCGACCGGCCGCAGAACCAGGACCCCAACACGGAGGACGAUGUUGCAGAGGAGGACAACUACUACUACGAAUAUCCCUAUUAUGAUGACCUUGAAGGCAAGCCAUUUGCUUCAACUUCCGAAACAGAGACGACCAAUAAAGAAGUCAAGGGGACGGAAGGAGGCAGUGUGGUGUCCACAGUGGAGAAAGUUGUCAGGGGCGGUUCGGGCUCCACGUCCGUUUCCACCAGCUCGACUUCCUCCAGCUCAUCAUCCAGCAGCUCGUCCGCCAGCGCCGGAGGGGAAGACGCCUACGGGGACGUGAACAACGGAUACGACUACGACGGCUACGGCGACACCAACUACUACUACGGCGAGUCCACCGCCACGCCCGACGGCGACACCUCUCGGCGGGUCACCGUCACCAGCGUCGGCACCGGGGGCGAGUUGGACCUCGGAGCAGUGGGACGGAUCGAUCUGGAAGGUGGGGCCGGAGUGGAUAGGAAGGUGAUCACCAGUGGAGGUGGAACUACAAUAACAGUCACCCGCAACGUGUCAGCCGGAACAUCCUACAACGACUAUGGCAAUGGCUACGACUACGGCGUCGACAGCUACUACACAGAGGGAGAUGUUGGAGGCAGCAGCAGCUCAGUUGUCAUCAGUGGUGGAGGAGGAAGCAGCAGCAGUAGCACAAUUCUGGGUGGAGGCGGCGAUGGCAGCAGCAGCAGUACAGUUGUAGUCAGUGGUGGUGGUGGUGGAGGCAGCAGCAGUACAGUUGUAGUCGGUGGUGGUGGAGGUGGAGGCAGCAGCAGUACAGUUGUAGUCGGUGGUGGAGGCAGCAGCAGCAGCUCUACAAUCACCAUUGGGAGCGGGUCAGCUGGAGGAGGUUCCGUGUCUGUCGGCGGCGGUUCCGUAUCCGUGGGAGGAUCUUCGACCUCCAGUGGAGGCUCGGCGUCUGCUGGCGCCGGAGCCGGAGCCGGCGGGGCCGCUGGGACCGACCUGACCAUCGACGGAGUCGAUGACUACACGGAUCUUGACAAGUUCAAGGAGGAGGACGUCGUCGACUACGGAGAAUUAGACAACUACGACGUCUAUGGAGACUACACUGACAAAGUGCUGCCUGCUGAGACCGACGAGUACUUUGGCCAGGUUGACGGAGCUCGUGGUGAGAAAGGACAGAAGGGAGAACCUGCUGUUAUUGAGCCCGGUAUGCUAAUGGAGGGUCCGCCUGGGCCUGAGGGGCCAACAGGUCUCCCUGGACCCCCAGGAUCUUCUGGCCCACCAGGCAGUCCUGGAGAUCCUGGAGAGAGGGGUCCUCUGGGUCGCCCUGGCCUUCCUGGUGCUGAUGGUCUGCCAGGACCCCCUGGAACUGUCCUGAUGCUGCCCUUCAGAUUAAGCGCUGGAGGGGACUCUGGGCAGAAGGGACCAGCUGUUUCAGCACAGGAGGCCCAGAUGCAAGCCAUCAUGCAGCAGGCCAGGCUGGCGAUGCGCGGCCCGACAGGUCCAAUGGGUUUGACUGGCCGACCUGGCCCUCUGGGUCCACCCGGUGUACCAGGACUGAAGGGAGAGUCUGGAGAGGCGGGACCUCAGGGGCCGCGUGGACCCUUGGGAUCAGCCGGACCCACUGGAAAGCCUGGCAGACGGGGUCGUUCUGGAGCAGAUGGCGCCAGAGGAAUGCCAGGACAGACUGGGCCGAAGGGAGACAGAGGCUUUGACGGCUUAGCUGGACUUCCUGGCGAAAAGGGACACAGAGGAGAACCAGGCCCCUCAGGACCUCCCGGUGCUCCUGGCGAAGAUGGAGAGAGGGGGGAUGACGGAGAGAUCGGACCCAGGGGACUUCCCGGUGAACCAGGACCUCGGGGUUUGCUGGGACCAAAGGGACCUCAGGGACCUCCUGGACCACCUGGAGUUGCUGGAAUGGAUGGCCACCCUGGACCCAAAGGAAAUAUAGGACCUCAGGGAGAGCCAGGCCCCCCUGGACAGCAAGGCAACCCCGGUGCUCAGGGACUCCCGGGGCCGCAAGGAGCAAUUGGACCUCCAGGAGAGAAGGGUCCAACUGGAAAGCCUGGAUUGCCAGGAAUGCCGGGAGCCGACGGCCCUCCGGGUCACCCUGGCAAAGAGGGCCCGACUGGGGAGAAAGGACACAUGGGCCCUGCCGGACCUCAAGGCCCCAUUGGUUAUCCUGGACCUCGAGGUGUAAAGGGAGCUGAUGGCGUCCGCGGCCUCAAGGGAACCAAGGGUGAAAAGGGGGAGGACGGCUUCCCUGGCUUCAAGGGAGACAUGGGCAUAAAGGGCGACAGGGGAGAACUUGGACCAGCGGGACCCAGAGGAGAGGAUGGCCCAGAAGGGCCAAAGGGUCGCUCAGGGCUCCCUGGAGAUGCUGGUCCACUCGGCCCCACUGGUGAGAAGGGUAAACUCGGAGUUCCCGGAUUGCCAGGCUACCCAGGAAGACAAGGACCAAAGGGAUCUCAGGGCUUCCAAGGCUUCCCUGGCGCCAAUGGAGAGAAGGGCUCCCGGGGCACAGGAGGAAAGCCAGGCCCACGCGGACAGAGAGGACCAACGGGGCCGAGAGGAGAGAGAGGGCCGAGGGGACCGACGGGGAAAGCUGGACCCAAAGGUAACUCAGGAAACGACGGCCCACCAGGACCUCCCGGAGAGAGGGGUUUGCCAGGGCCUCAGGGACCAACAGGUUUUCCAGGACCAAAGGGCCCUCCUGGACCCCCAGGGAAAGACGGACUGCCUGGACAUCCUGGACAGAGAGGAGAGACUGGAUUCCAAGGCAAGACGGGCCCUCCUGGUCCUCCAGGUGUGGUUGGACCUCAGGGGCCAACAGGUGAGACUGGGCCAAUGGGAGAUCGAGGUCACCCGGGACCCCCAGGUCCGCCUGGUGAGCACGGUCUGCCCGGAGCUGCAGGGAAAGAAGGAGCUAAGGGUGACCCCGGUCCUGCUGGCCCAACUGGUAAAGACGGCCCUCCUGGACAAAGAGGCUUCCCCGGAGAGAGAGGUCUGCCAGGCCCUGUGGGGGCUCAUGGUCUGAAAGGGAAUGAGGGUCCUCAAGGCCCACCUGGACCUGCUGGUUCUCCUGGCGAGCGGGGUCCUGCCGGCCCAGCCGGACCUACAGGCCCACCUGGACGUUCUGGCCCACAGGGACCACCAGGCCCUGCUGGAGAGAAAGGUGGACCGGGAGAAAAAGGUCCUCAGGGCCCAGCCGGAAGAGACGGUAUUCAGGGACCUGUGGGUCUACCAGGGCCUGGAGGGCCACCAGGGCCACCCGGAGAGGACGGAGACAAGGGAGAGCUUGGAGAACCAGGACAGAAAGGAAGUAAAGGUGACAAAGGAGAACAUGGUCCUCCAGGUCCUACCGGCCCUCAAGGCCCCGUCGGAGCACCAGGUCCUGCUGGUGCAGAUGGAGAGCCAGGUCCCAGAGGUCAGCAGGGUAUGUUCGGCCAGAAGGGAGAUGAAGGGUCGAGAGGUUUCCCAGGACCUCCAGGCCCAGUUGGGCUGCAGGGCUUGCCUGGUCCACCUGGUGAGAAAGGUGAAACGGGAGACGUCGGUCAAAUGGGUCCACCCGGUCCUCCCGGUCCCAGGGGUCCUUCAGGUGCCCCUGGAGCCGACGGUCCUCAGGGACCCCCUGGUGGUGUCGGAAACCCUGGUGCUGUUGGAGAAAAGGGAGAUGCCGGUGAGACGGGAGAGCCGGGACUUCAGGGGGAAGUUGGUCCGCCGGGUCCAAGAGGAGAGCGUGGAGAGAAGGGAGAGGCUGGUCCAGCUGGUGCUGCAGGACCUCCUGGCCCUAAAGGUCCACCUGGAGAUGACGGCCCUAAGGGCAGCCCUGGUCCGAGUGGCUUCCCUGGAGACCCUGGACCCCCUGGAGAGCCCGGUCCAGCUGGUUUGGAUGGCCCAGCUGGUGAUAAGGGAGACGACGGAGAGGCCGGGCAACCUGGUUCACCUGGACCCACUGGGGAGUCUGGUCCCUCUGGACCACCCGGAAAGAGAGGGCCUCCUGGAGCACCGGGGCCUGAGGGAAGACAAGGAGAGAAAGGGGCCAAGGGAGAGCCAGGAAUUGAAGGUCCCCAAGGAAAAACAGGCCCUGUGGGCCCUCAAGGAUCACCCGGAAAGCCUGGUUCAGAAGGACUUAGGGGCAUCCCUGGCGCAGUUGGCGAGCAAGGACUGCCUGGCUCUCCAGGCCCAGAUGGACCUCCUGGACCUAUGGGCCCUCCUGGUUUGCCUGGUUUGAAAGGAGACACUGGUGUUAAAGGAGAGAAAGGCCAUCCGGGUCUCAUUGGUCUGAUUGGACCCCCAGGUGAACAGGGCGAAAAGGGUGACAGAGGUCUUCCCGGCCCUCCAGGAACGUCCGGUCCCAAAGGAGACAACGGUAUCGCUGGUCCUACAGGUCCCCUAGGUCCAGUUGGACCUCCCGGCUUACCUGGUCCCCCAGGUCCCAAAGGAGCCAAAGGGUCGUCUGGUCAAACAGGUCCAAAAGGAGAGACUGGAACCCCUGGUCUUCCUGGCCCCCCUGGCCCUCCCGGUGACGUCAUCCACCCGCUCCCUAUCGUCUCUCCCGUUAAGGGCAGAACACGUAGGAACAUCGACGCCAGCCAGAUGGUGGACGACGCCGCCAUGGAUGCCAACUACAAGGACUACGACGACGGCAUGGAGGAGAUCUUCGGGUCGCUCAACUCGCUGAAGCUGGAGAUCGAGCAGAUGAAGCAUCCGCUGGGCACGCAGAGCAACCCGGCUCGCACCUGCAAGGACCUGCAGCUGUGCCACCCUGAUUUCCCCGAUGGUGAAUACUGGAUUGAUCCAAACCAGGGCUGCUCGCGGGACUCCUUCAAGGUCCACUGCAACUUCACAGCAGGUGGAGAGAGUUGUAUCUACCCGGAUAAGAAGUCUGAAGGGAGCAAAAUGGCAAAAUGGCCCAAAGACUCGCCAGGCACUUGGUAUAGUCACUACAAGAGAGGUUCGCUGCUUUCCUACGUGGACGCCGAGGGCAACCCCAUCGGCGUCGUCCAGAUGACCUUCCUGCGGCUCCUGAGCGCGGCGGCCCGGCAGAACAUGACGUACAACUGCUACCACUCGGUGGCGUGGCACGACCAGGAGCAGGACAACUACGACAAGGCCAUCCGCUUCCUGGGAUCCAACGAUGAGGAGAUGUCGUACGACAACAACCCCUACAUCCGCGCCGUGGUCGAUGGCUGCGCGCUGAAAAAGAACUACGAAAAGACAGUACUCGAGAUCAACACUCCGAAGGUGGAGCAGGUGCCUGUUGUGGACAUCAUGUUCAACGAUUUUGGCGGCUCCACGCAGAAGUUCGGAUUCGAAGUGGGGCCCGUCUGCUUCAUCGGCUGAGACCUUUUACCGAGCAAAUGGAGGAAGAAGAAAAAAAAAAAAAAAAGAAAAGAAAAUCCUACUUUUGUUUUCUCAGAAAGAAAAAAAAAAGACAAACAGUUGAAAAAUAAUAGGACGAUGCUAUUUGUAUAAUAAAAAGAAAAACUGUUUCCACGAAGCGACACGAGUCAAACAUAAUUACGUCAGGAAUACAGUGAAAAUCUAAAGGAAUAGAGAAAAAUAACCUUGAAACCUCAGUGUGCCUUCUUUUAUCACAUGCAAGUUUUGAAACUGGAGUUUGCGUCCUCCCUCCCACACACGACACACACACACACACACACACAGCCUCCCCUGCCCGAGUCCCCCGCCCCAUGUCAUCGCAUUUGAUUUCAAUUCUUUUGGUCUGAAACAACGAAGGCGACCCUGAGAGCUGCUGCCGUUCCAGACGGUCGCAGCGUUGCCCACGGACACCAUCCCAUUUGGCUCUGUUUUGAUCUCAUGCCCCAAACUACCCGCCCCACAGCCCCUCCACCCCACCACCCUCCUCCUCCCGUUUUCCUUCCUGCCUUUUGCCACCUUCUCUGUUCUUGAUUUUGUUUUCUUGUUUGUGCAUAAGUGUCUCCCCAUUCUCUUUGGAAUGGACCUUAUAUAUUUAUAUACUUAUAAAUAUAUGUAAGUGAUUUUUUUUCUCUUUUUUUUUAUGUUUGUAAGUACAUUCUGUAUAUUUUUUUUCUCUCCUGGUAAUGUUUAUUGCUUCUGGCUUCAAAACAUGCAUGUGACUGUACUAAUUGUGAGGUAGACGAACGAGAAAACAUCUAAAAUCGUACACACGCAUCCAAAACGAGGAUAGAAGAGAAAAAAGAGGAAAAAAAACGCAAUUGGAAGUUCUGUCUUUGUAGAGCACACUAUUUUAUUUUAUUUUAUUUUAUUUUUGUUUUUUGUUUUUUUAAUUUAAGAACAGAUUGGAAAUAAAAGACUAAAAAAAUAUUCUCUGUUAUAUAAAGUACAAUACAUUCCCUCAUUUUGUACCCUCUGAACAAAAGCCCCACUCUGGUGGAAAUGUAAUUAAGUUAAUAAACUGCUUCUGUACUUUUUUGCUGAAAUAUUCAUCUUACUGUGCAGUGGAAGGUAACGAACGGAAAAAAAAAAAAAAGAAAUCAAAACAUAGGUGCUAUUUCUCUCCUCUGUGGUGCUAUAUAUGUUUUUCAAGUUUUUGUUUUGAAAAAAAAUAUAUCUUAAGAGAAAAAAACUUGUGGCGUUAACAGCCCACAUUGCUCGACAGCGCCCCCUCCCUGUACUCUGAAUCGAUUCACGACACUGAUCUCUGCUGCAGCCGCUUCCCUCUCUUAAUCCCAUCUCUUAAGGUUCCCGCGUGUCAUUUCUCUCCGCCGCCUCCUCAAUGGACCGCACAGAUCAGAAAUGGCCUGUGCCAAAUGUUUGGAAAGACGAGAGGAAAAGAACUCUCCCCCUCCCUUCCGACACACACACACACACCCCUUCUCAUUUUGGUUUUACGUACGGAUCACCUGCUCCGAAUCGGGCAGGUAGAGUUGGCAAAAUGGAUAUGUUGUAACGGGUCAAAAGGGAUUUAUUGCACCCUAUCCAAAGGAUUUUCACUUAAAUAUUUAGCUUUACGUGACUCGGAGUCAUGGUCGUAUGAGAAACAACUUGAAAAGUCACCAAAUCAGCCUUUUUAGUUUGCUUUUGUUUUUUUGUUUUUUUUUUUUAGAAAAUAUUGCUCAUGCAGUGUUGGUUUUCUUCAUGUCUCAGUGCUUUUUUUUUUUUGUUCAAACUAUGCACUCUUUAUGCUUAUGACCACUAGUAUCUACCACAGAAUCUUUACAGCUCUUUAUACAUAGGUUUGUUUUGUUUCCUUUUUUUUUUUUCAAAAAAAAAAGAAAAAGAAAAAAAAUCUUUACGUGACUUGAAUCCUUGCUGUUUAGGAUAUAACUCCAUACGCUUGUAGGUCUUCGGCUCUAUUCUUCACGGUGUUGCAGCACAUCCGACAUUUAUGACUUUUGCUCUCAAAAGAACCGGACGAAAAGAUAGGGGGGAAAAAUAAACAAACAAUAAUACACAUUUUACUUUGUAAAUUUCCAGAACCAGCAUCGAUGCUGUCGUUGCUAUGUUUUAUUUUGUAGAUUUCCAUUUGUAAUGUCUUUUAUGGUCUUUUUUUUUUUUUUUUUUUUUGGUUGUUGUUUUCACAGUCUUGUCAAAAAAGAAAAGAUAUUAAAAAAAAAAACCUGUGUUUUUAAGGGUGAAGAGAAUAGAGGAUCAUAUUGGUUUUUUUGUGUCAAUAAAUUCAAGUUUACUGUGGCCAUCCCACUCCUGUAUCUCUUUUGAAGCAUUAAAACCUAUCUGCAUGCAUGAAACAGUAAA